UAUGUAUGUAAAUUGUUAUUAUAUUUUUGUGUUUAUAUUUUGUUGUAGUUGAAAAUCCUGAUGACGAUUACCGUGUGUAAUCGAAAUAUAUUGAUUAACAUCACAAAACUUGUGUUUUAAUUUAAAAUCAUCGGACCUCAAGCCAGCUUCUAAACACAUUUAGGAAAUAAAAAGGUCGCAAAAACAAAUAUUUAGAAAGACGGAAGGCACGCCGUAUGCAUUCAACAACAAAAAUGGAGUAUGCAGAAAUGAAGAACAACUACAACAACGCUAGAGCACUAAAAAAUAAAUUUCAAUAUACAUCAAAGAAAGUGGUAAAACAAAAAUGUAGUCUUAAAUUUCUUUUAAAAUGCAGGAAAUCUAAGUUAGUUCCUAAUUUCAUAAAAUGUACAACUAGAUGCAAUAGUUUAUUUAUAUUUGAUCGUAACGCACAAACAGACAUAGACAGAACCUUAGAUAAACACACACAUUACUUUCACACAAAAAUACUAAGUCUUCUAAUAAAACAAAAACACAACAUAUUAAAACGACAGAAACAGCAGAUGGAGCAAAUAACAACAAAACUUAAGGAACAUCUUGGCGCGGAAGAUUUUGAAAUAUUAUUGCAAAGCGAAACAAAAAUCGCAGAAAAAUUAACAACAACAGUGAGGCAACGACAAGAAGCGAAGUAUGAAAAACUGCGAAAAAGUCGAAAUCACCUCUUAUUUGACAACAACAAAAAUGAAGAGUGGUUUGUAAACACAACAAACGUCGAGUUUCCUCAAGAUGUAAAAAUGCUUUUGUCAAAAGGUCCAAAGUUUGCUCUCCCAAUUGAAAAUAAACAGUUCCCUUUAUUUAAAUACAUAGCGGAUGGAGAGGAUCUCGUGCAAACAAUCAAAGUCAAAGAGAAGCAAGAGGAAGCAAGAACAAAAUUCUCUUUACUGAUAAAAGACCAUACUACAACAAAUAGGCAAAGUGCAAUAGAUCGUGCAAUAAUAGACACAGUGGGACGGACGCGGAAAUUUCUUAGCAAGAAUGAUAAUAUUCGUAUUUUAACUUCGGACAAGGGCAACAAAACAGUAGCAAUGGAAAUAUGUGACUAUAAUAAGAAAAUGGAAGAUAUAUUGAACGACUUGACAAUGUAUAGGAUACUAAGACAGGAUCCCACAUCUAGACUACAGAGCAAAAACAAUAGUCUAGUCGAUAAAAUUUAUAAAUUGGAGUUAAUUUCAAAGAUCGAGAGGAACAAACUGACCACAAACACGGACCUGUCUCCAAGGUUUUAUGGACUACCAAAAUUACAUAAAGAAGGAAUCCCACUUAGACCAAUAUGCUCUGCCAUUGGAUCACCAGCACAUAACCUUUGUAAAUAUGUAGCAGACAUUUUGAAAAAUAUAACGACUGUUUCGGCAUACAACAUUAAAAAUACCCUGGAAUUUAAAAGCAAAAUUAAUAACACCUAUAUUUUUGACGAUGAAAAAUUAAUAUCUUUUGACGUAGUAUCACUUUUUCCCAGUAUCCCAACACAAUUAGCACUUGACAUUAUAAAAGAUAAAUGGACGACAAUAGAGAAACAUACAAAUAUACCAAAGAAACUGUUCAUAGAAAUACUUAAGUUCUGCAUCGAAGAGAACAGAUAUUUUAAAUUUAACGACACAGUAUACACUCAGCUAAAAGGAUUGCCGAUGGGGUCACCAACCUCCC